AUGACUCCUCCUACUUCAGGUGUAAUUCAAUCCUGCGGCUCGGGGACUCCAAAUCGAAAUACAGAAAAUCUGCGAGAGGAGAUCGCUGAUCCACAAAAAUAUUUAGAUAAACAUGGAGGUGUAUCGACAGUUAUUGAGGUGGAGCUAACGGAUGAAACGAUGCCUUUUACUUCUUUCUUCGAUUCUGCAGCUAAUCCACAUCGACAUAGCUGGCAGAGUUUAGUAGUAAAAGACAGUAACAACAAUUUGGGGGGGACUUGGACGAUGGUCUACGAUGAAGGGUAUGAGGUCUCUUUAAGGGACAGGACGCACUUAUUCGGACUUAUGAAAUAUUCAAAAAAUGAGGAAUGCCCAGCAGCAGCAGACGGCGACUUAGAGGAUUCAAACGGCCGCACCGCCUGCUACACCACUGACUCCACCAAGACCCAACUGGGUUGGUAUUCAUCGAUUGGUGUGGACGGCUCGGUAUUAUCGGGUUGUUUUUAUGGUGAGAAGCGGCUAGAAGGCGAAGAUAAAGGAAAUGAAGCUCUUCCUUCUUCUUUUGUCUACGUGCGGGGCACUGCGAGUUCAGAAGGAAAUGCAAACAAAGAAGCAGCAGCAACAACAGCAGCAGCAAAUGCAGCAGCAGGAGUAGGAACAACCCCAAGAGAAAGUGCAGCAUUCGACUACUUUCUUAGUGAAGACUUUGUUAAUGCACAUAAUUCAGACGAACACAAGAGUUGGAUAGCUUCAGCCAAUUCUUCUUUUAUUCAACAACACCGAAGUAUACUGCCAUCUCUCAUCAAAUACUUCGGACAUUCAAAAGUAAAUUCCACUGACGGGACUGAGGCUUUUCCUUCAUUCUUGCAAGGAGCCAGCGGGUCUUCUAACUCCACUUCAUCUACAGCUCAGCUGUAUGCGUGCCCAUGCAAGGAAGGCGAAGUGCCCGAGGACACUCGCAGACACGUUCCAGAGAAGGCUACCCAGCCGGUGUUGUCUCCCCAAAGUUUAGUGCAAACAGCAGCAAAAACUGUAGAAAUCAAGGCCCACGAACAGGAGCAGGUGCUGCAGCAGCAGCAUGUGCAGCAGCAGCAGGUGGAGCAGCAACAGGUGGAGCAACAGCAGGUGCAACAGCAGCAGGUGCAGCAGGCGCAGCAGCAGCAGGUGCAGCAGGCGCAGCAGCAGCAGGUGCAGCAGCAGCAGCAGGUGCAGCAGCAGCAGCAGGUGCAGCAGCAGCAGCAGGUGCAGCAGCAGCAGGUACAGCAGCAGCCGGUGCAGCAGCAGCAGCCGGUGCAGCAGCAGCAAGAGGAUUUUGAGUUGCCUGCUGCUUUCGCUUGGCCCAAUCCUUUCACCGAUCCUUCCUUCAGUGAGGCACCCACAAACCAGGGGGGGUGCGGCAGCUGCUACGCGAUCUCGGCUCUGUAUGCGCUGCAGCAGCGGUUUGCAAUAGCUGCAGCAAAGGCGAUCGACCGCAGCAACAGCAGCAGCAGCAGUGAAAAUGCGCAGGAGCAGCAGGGUGUAUCUCCGUCAUUGCUGCAGCAGGUGCAGCAGCUGCAGAAAACUGCUGUGCCUAAGCUGUCUCCGCAGUUUAUUCUUUCUUGUUCUUUCUAUAACCAAGGCUGUAAUGGAGGCCUUCCGUACUUAGUGGGAAAGCAAGCGAAGGAAACAGGGGUGCUGGGCGAAGAAUGCAUGCCGUACGUUGGUAUGGAUACCUUGACUUGCCCCGUGCUGCAGCCAACCAGCAGCAGCAGCAGCAGCAGCAGCAGCAGCAGCAGCAGCACAGAUAGUUUUGUUUCUUUCCUUGCAGCAGACAAUGGGAGUGGAUCCUGCCACGGGCCGGAGCAGCGAUGGUUUGCAAAGAGCUACGGCUACGUGGGCGGCUGUUAUGAAUGCAGCCACUGCUCUGGAGAGGAGCAGAUAAUGCGAGAGAUAAUGUCGAAUGGUCCGGUGGCGGCUGCAUUCGAUGCUCCAGCUUCAUUAUUUACCUAUGUUUCGGGUGUAUUCACUGCACCUGCCUAUACACCCCACGCCCGUGUGUGCGACAGCCCUUCUGCUACAGACAGCCGCCGAAGCAGUUUAGGAGGCUGGGAAUACACCAAUCAUGCGGUUACAAUUGUAGGGUGGGGAGAGACAGAUGCAGCAGCAGCAACAACAGCAACGCCAGCAGCAGCAGGAGAUUCAGGUAAAUUGAAAUAUUGGAUAGUGCGCAAUACGUGGGGUUCAAGCUGGGGUAAAGGCGGAUACUUUUUGCUUAUUAGAGGCGUUAAUGCAGGGGGUAUUGAAUCUCAGGCUUCGUUUAUUGAUCCAGACCUUACGAGAGGGAAAGGAAAGCAAUUAUUCGACAGCCUUCUUGCUGCACAUUCAAACAAAUAA